AUGGAUCGGAUAGCAGUGGAACUGGCCGAGUAUCUCGCACAGUUCCUCCAGAGCACUGAUCCAAGCGCGCGCCUCCUAGUUGGCAUCGCAGGCGUGCCUGCAUCCGGCAAAUCCACUCUAGUGCAGCACAUUGUGGACUAUCUUAACGACACUCUUCCGUUGGGGAACGAACCGAGUCGCACCGAUGACACCACGAGAAAAGACGUUGCCGUCUCCGUCGGUCUUGACGGCUGGCACCUGACACGCGCGCAACUUGACGCGCUCCCUGACCCAAAGUUGGCGCACGACCGGCGGGGAGCGCACUGGACGUUCGACGCAGUGGCAUACGUCGACUUCGUCAGAGUUCUCCGCCAACCACGUUCGGAGGAGGUCAUCUAUGCGCCCACGUUUUCUCACGUUAUCAAGGAUCCGACUCCUUACGCUGUCCCCGUAUUUGCUCAUAAUCGCAUUGUCUUGAUCGAAGGUCUGUACACCUUCCUUGGGAUAACUCCAUGGCGAACUGCAGCAGAGAUGCUGGAUGAACGGUGGUGGAUUGAUGUCAGCGAAGAAGAGGCGCAAAAGCGUCUCGUAGCGCGUCACGUCGAGAGUGGUGUUGCGAAGGAUCUGGAAGAGGCAAUGUGGAGAUCAAGGGAGAACGAUGCGCCUAAUGGGAGAUUCAUCAAAGAAAAUAUGCUUAAACCAACAAAGAUCAUCCACAGUGUCGAAGAUCCCAGGUUCUCGUCAUGA